UGGUCAAAGCCAGGGGGAGAGCGCGAGCGAGCGAGGAGGAAGAAAAAGCGGUGCGAGCGGGCGCUUCCUGGUUGUUGGUGCCUCUGGGAGUGGACGGCGCGGUCGGGCGAGGAUUUUGGCUCUCCAUUCUAAAAAGGUGGCAUUUGUCGCAGCUGAGAAGCGAAGAUGCCUCAUGAGCUGAAAAAAGUGUUCGCCAGCCUCCCUCAGGUCGAAAGAGGCGUCUCCAAAAUCAUUGGGGGAGACCCGAAGGGCAACAACUUUCUGUACACGAACGGGAAAUGUGUCAUCAUUCGCAACAUCGAUAAUCCGGCAAUUGCUGACAUCUACACUGAACAUGCCCAUCAAGCUGUGGUUGCCAAGUAUGCACCCAGUGGCUUCUACAUUGCAUCUGGAGAUAUCUCUGGAAAGCUUAGAAUUUGGGAUACCACACAGAAGGAACAUUUGCUGAAGUAUGAAUAUCAGCCUUUUGCAGGAAAAAUAAAAGACAUUGCAUGGACUGAAGACAGCAAGAGGCUUGCUGCUGUUGGGGAAGGAAGGGAAAAAUUUGGAGCAGUGUUUCUAUGGGAUACCGGUUCUUCAGUAGGUGAGAUCGCUGGCCACAACAAAGUUAUCAAUAGUGUAGAUAUUAAGCAGACAAGACCUUACCGCUUAGCAACUGGCAGUGAUGACAGCUGUGCAGCUUUCUUUGAAGGACCACCAUUCAAAUUCAAGUUUACAAUAAGUGAUCACAGCCGUUUUGUUAACUGCGUACGGUUUUCUCCUGAUGGAAAUAGGCUUGCUACAGCCAGUGCAGAUGGCCAGAUUUUUAUUUAUGAUGGCAAAACUGGAGAGAAAGUUGCUGCUCUAGGUGGAAAUAAGGCACACGAUGGAGGCAUUUAUGCAAUUAGUUGGAGUCCAGAUGGCAAUCGCUUGCUUUCAGCUUCUGGAGACAAAACAGCUAAGAUAUGGGAUGUUGGUGCCAAUAGUAUAGUGAAUACAUUUAAUAUGGGAUCAAAUGUUCUGGAUCAGCAGUUGGGUUGCUUAUGGCAAAAAGGCCACUUGUUGACUAUUUCUCUUUCUGGCUACAUCAACUAUCUGGAUGAGAAUAACCCAGAUAAACCUCUUCGCAUCAUAAAGGGUCACAGUAAAUCAAUACAAUGUCUUACAGUGCAUAAAAAUGGAGGAAAAUCCUAUAUUUACUCUGGGAGUCAUGAUGGACAUAUUAAUUAUUGGGAUUCUGAUACAGGGGAAAAUGAUGGUUUUUUGGGGAAAGGACACACAAAUUUGGUUUCACGAAUGGCUGUGGAUGAAAUGGAGCAGCUGGUCAGUUGCAGCAUGGAUGAUACUGUGCGUUACACCAGUCUCAGUAAAAAAGAUUACAGUGGCCAAGAUGCUAUAAAAAUGGAUGUUCAGCCCAAAUGUAUAGCUGUUGGACCUGGCGGAUAUGCUGUGGUUGUAUGCAUUGGAGAGAUUGUCUUGAUGAAAGAUAAGAAGAAAUGUUUUGUGGUUGAUAACCCAGGUUUUGAACCAGAAGCAGUAGCGGUUCACCCAGGAGGUGGCAUGGCAGCAGUUGGAGGAACAGAUGGAAACGUUUACUUGUAUGCAAUUCAGGGAACGUCCUUGAAAAGAGAUGAAAAGACAUUGGAAGUGAAAGGCCCUGUGACUGACCUGGCCUAUUCCCAUGACGGUGCCUUUCUGGCAGUGACAGAUGCCAGCAAGGUUGUCACUGUGUUUAGUGUGGCUGAUGGCUACGCGGAACAUAAUGCAUUUUAUGGACACCAUGCAAAAAUUGUCUGCAUUGCAUGGUCACCAGAUAAUGAACACUUUGCUUCAGGGGGCAUGGAUAUGAUGGUAUAUGUUUGGACACUGAGUGACCCAGAAACCAGAGUCAAAAUACAAGAUGCCCACAGAUUGCAUCAUGUAAGCAGCUUGGCAUGGCUGGAUGAAUAUACCUUGGUAACAACAUCGCAUGAUGCAUCUGUUAAAGAGUGGUCUAUUUCCUACAAAUAAAAUGCCUUCAAUCAGGAGAACCUCAUCAGGGACUAGAACUACUGGAGUGAAAUAUGGCAUUUCUCUUUCUUAAAGUUAGCAAAUCUGUAAUGGCCUCUGGGGUCUUAUAGCAUAUUCUCAUAUCUUUGCAGAGGGUGUUCUUAUCUGUAAUUAAAUGACCUAUGAAAAGCUUUAGUCAGUAAUGGUUUGCACAUGAGAAGCACUUAAAUUAUGUCUGAAGCUUAUAAAAAUUGUGUGCUGAACAUUCCAGGGUCUACAGCCUAGCAGUUUGGCGUAGAGGAAUUUUAAACUGAUUUGGUUCCUUAUUUUUUAAUAUCUAAGACACACAUACUUGCACAUGGUAUUGUACAGCAUGAGAGAAUUCUCAUUUUUUUCUAAUUGCAGAACAUUUCUGUACUAACAGUCAUAGUAAGAAUGCUAGUUGUGAUCCAAAAAUGAAUCGUGGUGUGCAGCUACUGUAUAUUGGCUUGUCUGUAAUGCACCAAAUUGUUGCCUCAGUUUUCCUUCACCAGAUAACGAAGUGGGGUACAUCCAUAAUAAACUUCUCUGUAUUUCAUGUCCAGAUUUGUAGUUAUUUUUAAGAUUAAAAUGUGGGGGUUUGUUGUACUUUGCCAUUCUUUUAGAAUUUAAAGUUUACAAAUAAAUGUCAAGGCAUUUUUCCAGAUAUACCUUUGUUACCUUUUUGAACAAAUGAGAAUAUUUGAUCAUGAUUUGUCUGUCAGGAAAGGGAUGCAUCUAGAUUUGCUUUAAAUAUGCCUGUUUCAUAAGGAAAACAAUGUUAAUGUAAGAAAACAUACAGUAAUUAUGAAAAUGCUUUUUUCAGUACAGGAAUUAAAGUGAAAUAAAGCA